GUUGGGUAGGAGAAGUGCACCGUGGCUGGCUCUCAGGUUCCCGGCCACACUGCCGUAGCCCUUUGGGCCUCCACCCCAGCCUGGGGAAGAUUCAAGGGACCGAGCCACCCGCCCCACCGGAGAAGCAGAGACAGACCAGAUCCCCUCAGGGACCCCCUUCCCAGCAGGCCUCGAGGAGGGUGAGGGGGUGGUCUGCGAAUCAAAUCUGAGCACUGCUUUGGAAGCCGCCGCCCCUGCCAUGGAGACCUUCUUUAAGAGACACUUCAGGAGGAAGGGGCCAGGGGCGGGGCCCCAAGGGCAGCGGCGGAUCAGUGGUUUGGCCAUGCCCACGGGCAAGGCCCGGCGCCGCUCCCCGGCCGGCCUGCCCUCCACCUUGCUGACUCAGCGGCGGCGUUCCAGCAGCCAGCUCCUGGGCGGCAGCAUGGGGGACUCCUGCUGGCGCCCCGGCCCCGCGCCCCCCGGCCAUGGCUCCCGGGUCACCGUGGAGGAGGGGGACCCCGGGGACCGGAAGUGGCGUGCCAUCAAGGCCCACCCACUGGCAGCCCCGAUGCUGCUGGCUGGCCUCAUCCAGAUGAGCGAGGAGGAGGAGGAGGAGCAGCAGCCAGGGGAUCCGGGGAGCCCGGGGCCACCUGCCCCCCAGGAGGACAGCCAGGGUGGCAAGGAGCCCAGGGAUUCCCAUCCCCAUCAGCUGAGCUCCAAGCACCUCCUCCAGAUCCCCCGCUGCCUGCGGCGCCACAGCUCCUCCCACCUGCUGCCCGCCGACGCCGUCUACGACCGGGCACUGUGGGGUCUGCAUGGCUACUACCGGCAGCUUGGCCAGCGCCGGCCCUCAGGACAGUCCCUGGGCCCUGCUGCCCGCAGGAGCUCGGUCCCCCCAACCAGCCCGCUCCUACCCAUCCGCCUGCGCCCCCUGUCCCGCAGGCGGCAAGUGGCCAUGAGGCGCAAGUCGGCUGGGCCCGAGGCCUGGAGCCCACUCCUCUUGAAAGCCAUCGCCAAGUCGGGCCUUCAGCACCUGGCCCCCCCAACCCCUGGGGCGCUGUACAGCGAGCCUGAACGGCAGAUCCGCAGCACGGUCGACUGGAGCGAAGCAGCCGCCUACGGGGAGCACAUCUGGUUUGAGACCAACGUAUCUGGGGACUUCUGCUACGUGGGGGAACAGUAUUGCGUGGCCAAGAUGCUGCAGAAAUCCGUGUCCCGUCGAAAGUGCGCGGCCUGCAAAAUUGUCGUGCACACCCCCUGCAUCGAGCAGCUAGAGAAGAUUAAUUUCCGCUGUAAGCCUUCCUUCCGGGAGUCCGGUUCCAGGAAUGUGCGGGAGCCAACGUUCGUGCGGCACCAUUGGGUUCACCGGCGCCGCCAGGACGGGAAGUGUCGUCACUGUGGAAAGGGUUUCCAGCAGAAGUUCGCCUUCCACAGCAAAGAGAUCGUCGCCAUCAGCUGCUCGUGGUGCAAACAGGCGUACCACAGUAAGGUAUCCUGCUUCAUGCUGCAGCAGAUCGAGGAGCCUUGCUCUCUAGGGGCCCAUGCCGCUGUGGUCAUCCCCCCAACCUGGAUCCUGCGGUCCCGACGCCCCCAGAACCCACUAAAGGCCAGCAAGAAGAAGAAGAGGACGUCCUUCAGGAGGAAGUCCAGCAAGAAAGGGGCCGAGGAGGGCCGCUGGAAACCCUUCAUCAUCAAGCCUACCCCCUCACCCCUCAUGAAGCCCCUGCUGGUGUUUGUGAACCCCAAGAGUGGAGGUAACCAGGGGUCCAAGAUUAUCCAGUCCUUUUUAUGGUACCUCAACCCUCGUCAAGUGUUUGACCUGAGCCAGGGUGGCCCCAAGGAGGCGCUGGAGCUGUACCGCAAGGUUCACAACCUGAGGAUCCUGGCUUGUGGGGGUGAUGGGACGGUGGGCUGGAUCCUCUCCACCCUGGACCAGUUGCGCCUGAAGCCCCCACCCCCUGUGGCCAUCCUCCCGCUAGGCACCGGCAAUGAUUUGGCCCGGACCCUCAACUGGGGAGGGGGCUACACGGACGAGCCAGUGUCCAAGAUCCUGUCCCAUGUGGAGGAAGGGAACAUCGUGCAGCUGGAUCGCUGGGACCUCCAGCUGGAGCCCAACCCGGAGGCCGGGCCCGAGGAGCGGGACGAGAGCGCCACCGACAGGCUGCCCCUGGACGUCUUCAACAACUACUUCAGCCUGGGCUUCGAUGCUCACGUCACCCUGGAGUUCCACGAGUCCCGAGAGGCCAAUCCUGAGAAGUUCAACAGCCGCUUCCGGAACAAGAUGUUCUACGCUGGGACGGCAUUCUCCGAUUUCCUGACUGGCAGUUCUAAGGACCUGGCAAAGCACAUUCGAGUGGUGUGUGAUGGCACUGACCUGACCCCCAAGAUCCAGGACCUGAAGCCUCAGUGCAUCGUCUUCCUGAACAUUCCCAGGUACUGUGCCGGCACCAUGCCUUGGGGGCACCCGGGGGAGCACCACGACUUUGAGCCCCAGCGGCACGACGACGGCUACCUUGAGGUCAUCGGCUUCACCAUGACGUCCCUGGCGGCCCUGCAGGUGGGAGGGCACGGCGAGCGGCUGACCCAGUGCCGGGAGGCGGUGCUCACCAUGGCCAAGGCCAUCCCCGUGCAAGUGGACGGGGAGCCCUGCAAGCUGGCGCCAUCCCGCAUCCGCAUCGCCCUACGCAGCCAGGCCUGCAUGUUGCAGAAAGCCAAGCGCCGCAGUGCCCUGCCUCUGCACAGCGAUCAGCAGCCGGUCCCUGAGCAGCUGCAGAUCCAGGUGAGCCGGGUCAGUAUGCACGACUAUGAGGUGCUGCACUACGACAAGGAGAAGCUGAAAGAGGCCUCGGUGCCGCUGGGGACCGUGCUGGUGCCAGGGGAUAGCGACCUGGAACUGUGCCGGGAGCACAUCGAGAAGCUGCAGCAGGAACCAGAGGGGGCUGGGGCUGGGAGCCCGCUGACCCAGAAGCUGUCAUCCAAAUGGUGUUUUCUGGAUGCCACGACAGCAGAUCGCUUUUACAGGAUCGACCGGGCCCAGGAGCAUCUGAACUAUGUGACAGAGAUCGCCCAGGAUGAGCUGUAUGUCUUGGACCCAGAGCUGUUGGGGACGCCCCCAGGGCCCGAGAUUCCAGCUCCUACUAGUCCUCUGCCUGAAUCCCCUCUUGACACCUCAGUGCCCCCAUCACCCAGAACAAGGACAGAAUCCGAUGGUUCAAGGCCCUCCAAAGAUGAAACGCUGACGGAUGCUGCCAAGAAUAACGACUUCUGCAAGUUCCGGGAGCUGCACCAGGCCGGGGGGGAUCUGAUGCAACGGGACGAGCGGGGCCGAACCCUCCUGCACCACGCGGUCAACGCCGGCAGUAAAGACAUCGUCCGCUACCUCCUGGAGCACGCCCCCUCAGAGAUCAUUGAUGCCGUGGAAGAAAACGGGGAGACCAGCCUGCACCAGGCUGCCGCCCUGCGCCAUCGCACCAUCUGCCAUUACAUCGUGGAGGCCGGGGCCUCGCUCAUGAAGACGGACCUGCAGGGGGACACCCCAAAGCACCGGGCAGAAAAGGCUCAGGACUCAGAGCUGGCCGCCUACUUGGAGAACCGGCAGCACUACCAGAUGAUCCAGAGGGAGGACCAGGAGACCGCGGUGUAGCCAGCCUGCUCAGCCAGCCCACCCAAACCAGCCAGCAGGACUGAGCCCGGGGGCCUCUCUCCUCGGGGCGGGGCGGGGCUGUGUGCCCCCAGGAGCCAGCGGCUCCCAUUUCCCCGACCCCUCCCUUACUGCCACAUUCCAGGUGGGCAGAGGCACCGCUGCAGUGCCAGGCGGCCAGCACCUCGGCAGGCCCCGAGGGGAGGAUGAACUCACGAACGAGGCUCUGCUGUGGAGCCAGUGAGAGCCGCCUAGGAAGCGGCCGCCAGAUCCGCCCUGCUGGGGUCUGGGGCGCCCCGGGCUCUGGGCCGGGCCUCUAUCUUGGAUCUGGAAUGCCUCCGCUGACAGUUUCCUCCAAUUGGGCCAGAAGGGCCCCAGAGCACAAUGCCACACUGGAGCCCUGAGAACCCAACCUCAGCAGGGAAAUUGCUGACCUUGCCACCUCCCCGACACCCCCCCAUCCACCUCCGUACUCCAAACUUAGCACAAAUCCCACCCUGGCCCCCAGCUGCCCAGAGCGGUCAGGUCUCUGAUGAGUGAAGCAGGGAAGGGGGAGAGGAGUUGAGGGGAAAGGGCGGGAGAGCUGGUAGGAGGAAGGGUCUAGAGAAGUCGGGGGCGGUGUGAAUUGGGAGCAGCUGGGGAAAAGGGAGGUGGAUUGGAGAAGAAUGGGUAAUUGAGAAGAGAGCAGCACCGGGGCCGUGGCGGGUCAUGUGGGAGAAGGAAGUGAAUGGACUGGUGUUGGGGAUGGGGAGACAAGAUAGGACAAGAUGGGAGGGCGGGGGAGCUAUUUUGGGGAGUGUCCUCAAGUGACAGCUGAAACCUGGGAUGGUAAGUUCCAGGAGCAUUCUGAGGAAGCUGAAGACCGGCUCUUCCCCUGCGGCCUCUGGGAGUGUCCCCCCGGAGGCUCUCCUCCCGUGUCCAGUCCGGGCGCUCCUCCUCCUUCACCCCCUCACCCUGGGCAGUGCCUGACCCCUUCUCUCACUUAGUCCUAGCCAGAGGACCAUGGGCAGGGUCCAGGUCCGGCUCCCAGCGAUCCCAGGGAGGGGCCAGCAGCCACAAGGGGAUGUUGUCACUUGCAUUUUGUUUACAACCUGGCUGCGUGUGACUCAGUAAAUUUUUUUUUCCACUUUG